UUCUUUCUUCCUUAUUAUUUUGGAGAAAGAACAAAAAAAAUCUCUCUCCUUAUCUCAUCCAAAUUCACGACAUAAAUUCUUGAUUGAGAGACCAAAAACAUGGAUCCUAAUGCAUCCGAUGUUAAACUUUGCAUGUGGAAAAUGAUGAAAACAUCAACAAACACAUGCUUUAAAGUCGUCAAAGGACAUCCAUAUGUCACAUCAUGUGUGUUUUUCUUGUUCCUCGUGUACUUGUGUUGCCCUCUCUUCUUCUGGAUCAUGAUCUACUCGCUCCCGCCCGCCGUCUCCACGUGGGUGGUUCUCCACAUUCGGGACGGGCGGAGAUGCAAGGAGGAUAGAGAGAAAGAGAUCGAGCAAAAGGAGAGAGAGAGCGGCGUGAAAAUGGUCCAAUUUGUAGAGGAGAGAAAGGGAGAGGGAAAAGGGAAGGAGAGGCUCAAGAAGGCCUUCUCGCGCGUGCACUCUGUGAGACGGAGAAAGGCCAAGGAGAUCGAGCAAGGAGUGGACCCUUACGUUCCGGUCAAGAGGAAUGUUGGUGAUGUGGAUGCAUACGAGGAGUACGGGGACGAUGAGGAAUAUAAUCUAACGGAUCCCAACAAGGAUUUGGUGGAUAAAACGGCUCUCGUAGAAGAGAGCCCCAAAGAGAUCCACGAAGUCCAAGCGGACUUCACACCUGCCAGUGCCAAUGCCACUGGCACUGACAUUUUGAUAAGCAAUACAAUCUACCACGACCCCGAGGUCUUGAGGAGCCUGAGGCUCCUCAAAGACGAGGAGGAUGCGCGAGAAGAGGCGGGUAAGGCCAUGGACAUGAACAUAGCCGAGGCCGAGCGGCUCGAGAGCUUGAUCGCGAGACGGCGGUCGAAGAGGGUGGUAAGCCAGCGUGUCAAGAGGUCCUUGAUGAACAAUGUUGCAACAAUGGGGGCUCAGAUGCCUCCCAUUGCUAUACCAAAAAUUAGCUCAUGGAGUAGCCCUACCCGAUCCAUCCACCCGUUCUCGCCCGGCCCCGGCUCCGCCCCGUCAAUGCUGCAACCGACGAGGAAUCCGUUCGACCUCCCGUAUGAUCCACUCGAGGAGAAACCUAACCUAACAGAGGACGGUUUCCAACAAGAGUUUGCAUUAGGACACAACAGAGAUUUUAUGUUUCGUAGGCAUGAGAGCUUCAGUUUAGGCACUUCUCUGCCCAUGGAUUUCUUUGAGGAACGCGGUGACGCGUCGUUGAUUGAUGAAUUCGGGUUCAAACGACGACAAUCGUAUGUCGGAUAUCAAUGCCCCAGGCCAGAAACUGAAGACUCAGACGCGGAUUUGGGUAAUACAACUGAGGCAGAAUCCGGACCCGAGUCUGACUCGGUUCCGGAUUCUAAGCCGAAUCUGGACAUCCUUGAGAAUGAUCAGCCCUACGAUGAUCAGAUCAAGGAAGUCAUCCAAGUGCACGAGGAUCCUAGCCUAGAAGAUUGUGACGACGAGCCAAACACCAGGUCUAAUGCGCUAGACGAGCUAAGCUUGAGCGAGGCCUCGACUGGGUCGUCCAACGAAGAUGUGACGCCUGUCUGCAGAAUAAACCGAGAAGCAAUACUGAAAUCACUCUCGAUACGAAGAAACUCUGUCUCGGUCCCAAAUAUGGAAAACGAGCAUCUACAAGAAAACAAUCUGAGCUACGCCAACUCUGCCCUUGAGAAUGCAAGCAGAUUGAAGCAGCAAUAUUUCGCCGAUAAGCUGCAAAGGCGCCACGGCAUGACCUUCUCGAUUGCCUCCGACAUGCAGGUUGAGGUCUCCGAGCUCAGCUCCCCUCCGCUCACAAUAGGCGAGAACAUGUCCUACCAAGAGGACAAUUCCUCCUGGGACGGCAAUGACUCGUGGGCGGACUCGUCCCGUCUG